AUGGGUGGUGGAGCCUCGAAAGUUGCUCACCACAGAGCAGGCCCGUCGGCCGUCCACCCGAUGCCGUCGGAGCUGCCGCCAAGAAGCACAUCGCCAGAACUGCAGGAGCGGCACGAUAGUCUGGAAUCUGCAGCAGAGCCCAUCGAAGCGGCAGUAGCCGACACUUCCGAGGCGGUCGCGAUGAGAAAUACUAUAUGCGAGCUGCGCGAUACCACAUCGAAACUGAUUACGGCCCUGAUCAUCGUCGGCCAAGAACGUGCCGACUCAGGCACUGCGUGCAAAGCGUCGCUGCAGCAGACACACGACCUCAACAACGAUGAGCCUGCUGAGCAGCCGAAUCUCAGAGUGGUAGACGAGUCCCUCCGGUGCGACGCGGAUGCUCAAACGGACGCAUCGUGGAUGUCUCUGGUGAAUCAGGCAAGCGCCUUUCCUCUGGAGCGACCGCUGAGCCGAGACCGUCCAUGUCGUCUAUUUAUCAUCAAGGCAAAAGAUGAGCUCUCGCAAACUCAAGUUCGGCUGGCCGAGGCGCUCGAAUUGGCAUCGCAGCGAGAGCAGGAGCUCAAGGAGAUGCAAGAGAAAACAGAGGUCAAGACGGCGACCGAGAUUUCCGCGAACUCCAAAGACCCCGAAGCCCACGAUACUACCCCACCGGCCACCCCGUCGAACAACCUCUCCACCGAUGAUGGCCGAGAGUCCGUGCUGGCCCGGGAACGACCGCCGCUGUUUCAUGGCCAUGGUGCUCUCACACCCACGCAAAGACUGCAUCAAGCCCUGCCGCCCCUCAUGGCAACUUCGAUUGCAUCCCCUGGAAUGCUGCCAUUCACACGGUUUGUGGUCCCUCAAACAAGUACCGCAUCCAGCAGUGGCAGCAGCGGCAGCGGCAGCAACUCGGUGCUCCUGGCACAGUCGCUCGAGGAGGAAAUCAAACGGCUUAGGAAGGAGGUCACGGAGCAGGGCGAGCGCUAUGAAAAGCGCAUAGCCAAGCUGAAGAAUCGAUCAGCCCGGCACAAGGCGGAGGCGGCAGUCAAGCUCUAUGAGGCCAAAGAAGAGUCCAAGGAUGGAGUGCGUGAAAUCCACUGGGAUGCCGGCCGCCGCGAUACCAGCCAUAGUGUCGACUGGGUAUCGUCGCUCAACUAA